AUGCACACUGAUUGCCUGAGGCCUAAGUACAACAACAGUGAUCCAGAUGCUGUAGAGUUCUUUGGGGAAUGUAUGAAAAGUUCCAAAAAUGGUCGCACUCCUCUUGCCAAUGAAAUAUAUGAACGGAUGGUGGCAGAGAAGGAUAGAGAGCCAGAAGAAGGAGAAGAAAAAAAAUCUCCCACCAAGAUUGUUGAUGAAACUCUUAGCGAGAUCAGCCGCUCAUCCACAUUUCUUCCUAACAUUGGUGCCCCUCGACCAUCAAAGAAUGCUCAGUCCUCAUCGACAGCAGCACAAGCACGCAUCCGAGCUGAGUUUGAGGCAACCCUCCAAGCUGAAAGAGAGGAAGCUGCUAGGAAGCGGGAAGAGUUGCAGGCACAACUUCAAGCUCAGCAGGACGCACUUGAAGAAAACCAAAAUUUGCUGCGGCAGACCCAAGAGGAAGUGAGGGGGAUGACUAGCAGGUUUGAGGAGACUAAUGCGCUGCUGCGAGCUGUCCUGAGACUUCAGAAAGAUUGAGGUAUGACUGCAGUUUCUGAGGAUGAGGCCUUUGUCUAAGCUUUUGCUACAUUGCUUUAACUUAGUCUGUGCUUCGAACUUUGUGGUUGGAACAUGUGUGGUUGAACCUGGAACUAUGUGGUUGAACAAGUAUGCUGCAAGUUUGUGGUUGGAACAUGUGUAUCCAUG